UAAGAAAGAUUUAAAAUGACAAUUUUUCUUGUUUUUUAGACGUUGCACGACGUUCGUUCCAGCUUCGAAGUUCGAAUUCCAAAAUUUGAAUCCGUAAUACACACGCCGAUCAAUAGCGUUCUCAGUACUUGGUGUUAUUUCAGUGAAUUAUGUGAGUGUUUCGCACAUGCGUACUAGCACAGUAUUACCCUACGUUUAUGGUUUGAUUGUUAAAAGUAAAAUAACUGGUAUUCAACAUAAAAAAUUGCAGUAAAGAUUACAUAAAAAAUCAUGUCUUUAGCUGAUGAAUUACUAGCAGACUUGGAGGAAAUUGGUGAAGAUGCAAAUAAUGACAUUAUUGACAAUGACACCAUUGAAGAAGCAAUGGAGACAAAUGAUACUUUGGAUAUGAAAUCAGUGAAACACAUUGCAAAACUAAGAGAUGGGAAACAGCUUGUUGAUGUACUUGAAAGAAUUAAGGAGUAUUCACAGAAACCAAGAGGCCAAAUGUUUGGUCCUAUUGAAACUGAUCCUGAAUACCAACUUAUCGUAGAAGCAAAUAAUCUCACAGUGGAAAUUGAUAAUGAAAUUGGUGUUAUACAUAAAUACACCAGAGACCAAUAUGCAAAACGAUUUCCUGAGCUUGAAUCUCUUGUUCCCAGUGCACUAGAUUAUAUUAAAACUGUACAAUUACUGGAUAACGAGCUAGAGGUUGCAAAUGUGGACCUUACUGAAAUUUUACCUCCUGCAACAAAGAUUGUUAGUGUAACAGCAUCAACAACCCAAGGUGAACAUUUAGAACAUGAUGAGCUGGAACGUGUUAUGGAAGCUUGUCAAAUGGCGCUAGAUCUUGUUGAUGCUAAAGCAAAGAUCUUUGAAUAUGUUGAGUCACAGAUGUCAUUCAUUGCCCCAAAUACUUCCUGGAUCGUUGGAGCAACAGCUGCAGCAAAACUAAUGGGAAGUGCUGGAGGUUUAACUGGAUUGUCAAAAAUGCCAGCAUGUAAUGUCAUGUUGUUAGGUGCACAAAAGAAAACAUUGACUGGUUUCUCAAGUGCAGCUAUCCUACCUCACACAGGCCACAUCUACCAUUGUGAUUUAGUACAGAGUUUACCACCAGAUUUCCGAAAGAAAGGUGCUCGCUUGGUAGCAGCAAAAUGCACAUUGGCUGCUCGAGUUGACAGUUUUCAUGAAAGUGUUGAUGGAAGUAUGGGUCGAGGAUUGUUUGAAGAUAUUGAACAAAAGUUCGAAAAAUGGCAGGAACCACCCCCUUUGAAAGAAGCCAAGCCUCUGCCAAGACCUGAUGAGGCACCGAAGAAAAAGCGUGGUGGACGACGUGUAAGGAAAAUGAAAGAGAAGUCGGCAGUAACAGAGUUACGUCGACAAGCCAAUCGUGUUCAGUUUGGCAAGAUUGAGGAAGAUAUGUUUCAAACUGAUAUUGGUUUCUCAGUUGGUACUCAAGCAAAAGGUUCUGGUAAAGUACGAGCCGCUGCAGUGGAUAAGAAAACACAAGUUUCUGUGUCUAAGAGAUUGCAGCGAAACCUUCAACAAGGUCAAGCUACAUAUGGCGGCAAAUCAACUGUCCGUGGUCAAACAUCCGGCACGGCAUCAAGCGUUGCAUUCACUCCCCUCCAGGGUCUUGAAAUUGUCAACCCUCAUGCAGCUGAGAAACGAGUAGCUGAUGCCAAUGCUAGGUAUUUUUCAAGCACAUCUGGAUUCCUGCAUGCUAAGAAGAAAACUGAUGGUAAAUAGCGGAUUAUAAAAAUUGUUCCACAAGACCAGAGGAACUGAUUAUAAGCAACAAUUAUUAAG